AUGGUCUACACAUUGGCACACUCCCUGGAACCUGAUAUGGGUGGCCAGGUCAGAAGACAGAUUCACAGCCCAGGCUCCUCUGCCUCUUUAACUGUGUGGACUGUUACUACAAAUGGACGCUUUGGCUGUUCCAACAGACAGGGGGAAAGGCUGGUACCUUUCCCUAAUGGCACCAAACACCAAAGGACCAACUUUUGCCUGGUUGGACCCAUCAAGACUCUACUGUCAUUCCCAGAUACUAGUGAUAUACCUUUAAUUUCCUGGUCCAUUUGUCCAAAGAAGGCCCUGUCAGAUUGUGUGAAGGACCUUCUCUAUCCAUUCCAGAAGGAGGCCAUUGACCUGGUAGUGUGUAUAGAUGCAAUGGGAUUCAUCCUCGGAUCGGCUGUGGCCACCACCCUUGGAAAGGGCUUUCUGGCUAUCUGCAAAGCAGGACACCUGCACAUACAAACCCAGAGCCAAGAGUACAGUGACUCCUCAGACAGAGAGAAGAUGGUGGAGGUUCGCCUGGAUGUGUUAAGGCCAGGUGCUGAUAGUGGACCAGUGGAUAGAGACCGGAGGAACCAUGAAGGCUGCUAUCAAACUGGUGGAGCGACAGGGAGCGACUGUUGUAGGUGUUGCUGCUGUGGCCAUUGAGAACAGCGAGGGAGUGACCAGUCCCAUGAUUGCCACGGUAAGCACGGGGAGUUGGCUCAGGUCUCCAACCUGACUCUGCCACACUUCCC